UCUACCUACACCUCAAAUAAUUCCUGCCGCAAGUGCAUUUAUCAAUCGCGAGAUCUGUUUGUCGUUGCGGAGCAUUACAUUCUAGUCUACCACGCAAUCACCCAGACUCGAACCACUGCGCACGUCACAAAAGCGACCACUUCUGCUAAUUGUGCUUGUUCCCGAGCUGUACAUCUCUCUCCCGAUCCUGCCCAUCAGCAUACCCCAUGAUGGCGUCAGGACACAAUGACCCCAAAUUGCUAUACGCGAUAGCAGGUGUAUCGGCGUACCACCUUUCACAUGGCAAGGAGGAGUCCCUCACACCGGCCGGCCCCCAAACACUCUCUCUGCUGAUGGUUCCUACAUCAUCGCCGUUCGCCGAUACUUCAACUUUUGAGAACGGUUCCACCGAGGAAGACUUCUACCUCCACCUUCACCUACCGCCCGAGUUAGACAUUCCACUUCCCGCGACCACGCAGAUCUAUCACCAGCCACCGACUAGCUAUCUCAUCCCACGAUGGGACUUGGGUCCUGAGAGCGGCGCAUUCACACGACUCGAGUUUCCCUCCGUCGGCAGCCGCGAGGGAUUGCAAGAGGACGUAGACACAUUCGAGACUAUACUUGCGCAAUGCACCGCGUUUUUGGAGAGGGCACCGCCCCCCAAGGCUGCGAAGAAGGCGAAGGGCUCAGCAGCAUCGUCUAAAGCGCCGUCGCCCACCAUGUCCAAGGCCAAGUUAGCGUCCGCGGAGGAUUUACCCGCAUACAAUCCGGCCGCCUUCGCCCCGGGAGAGGCAUAUGCGAAGGGAAGCCACAGCUCCCACAACGGUGGUCAAAUUGUACUCAUAGAUGAAGAAGAUGGUAGCGUUAUUGGGGAACUUGGUGACGGCUACCAAGUUGUGGAAGAUAGUGCUUUGAAGCCAGGAUCCAAAGACCCUGUGGAAAUAGUUCUGCCGGGGGCAGGAGCCACGGCGAUUGCGGUUGCACCUGCUUCUCAGGAGUAUAUGGAUAUGGAAUUGCAUCCAGCUUACAAAAAGUCGUUUCUCGUCUCGAAGGCUGCUUAUGCAUCUCGACUGAUUGUCACAACGUCCGAUCUGGUUUCCAAGGGGUUGCAAAGCCAGGCAGACAGCUACACGCAAAAGACAAAGCCAGGGGACAGGGCUGUUACCUUCACGCCAGCUACACAUGAUCGGGUUCGUCGGAUCAGCAAAUUCUCGGGCGGGGUUGCCGACUUGUCGUCCAAGACAGUUGGCCAGGUCAGCAAGGUGGCGCAGAAUCUCGGGGCAAGUCUCUCUAGAAAGAAGGCUAAGGACGGAUCAUCGCGGGGAUUCGGGCCAGAUGGACAACCGCUUGACACAUACAAGCCGGGAUUAUUGAACAAGAGCCUGAUGGCUUUUACGACCAUCGCUGAUGGAAUUGACCAAGCAUCGCGCAAUCUCAUGACGGGGACGUCGUCCGCUGCGACGAGCGUGGUCACUCACAAAUGGGGCGCCGAAGCCGGGGAGUUGUCAAAACACCUGGGUGGCAGCGUCAAGAACGUCGGGCUGGUAUACAUUGAUGUCACGGGUGUCUCUCGCAAGGCCAUAAUUAAAGCGGUCGGGAAGGGCAUGGUUCGUCAACUACAUUUCCCCACCCCCCUUUCUGUCAUGUUUUAUGAGGAGAAGGCUCUUAAUACAGGGCUUAUCUACUCAUAAAACAAGAUAUGAACCUCCCCUAAGAUGGUCCAGACAUAGUAAUUACUAACACCGAGUGUU